GGGCCCCACAUAAACGACUGCCUGCUUGCAGUUGAUACAUAACAGCUGUGCUGCGUUCAUAGACAAUUGUCACUGACAAGUCUCAGUAUUAGAACGUGAUACUCAAGCACACUACUCGCGCACACCAUCUUGCUUCCUCGAACAGUCUUUCCAGGAAAACAACCUUGGCACAGAGUCGCCACGAGUUAAGGCGUAUCAACCAUGGGUUGCGGAGCGAGCGUCAUGAACCGGGAUGGCGGCGAUGGCAACACAGCCAGUGCGCCCCAGCCCAAGAAGGAGGCUGCUGAGGGAGAGUCCUUCGGCUCGGACCUGAAGAGCUUCCUCAUUAAGAUUAUCAAGGAGCCUGAGUACGCCAAGUCGCUGCCUGACCACCUGGCGGCCACUGAGGACCCCACCAACCAGGUUGAGAAAAUGCUCAAGAUGCUUAUGAGCAUUGUGGACAUGGUCAAGGAUACCACCACUCCCAAGCACGAUAUUCCCGAGUUCCUGGUUGGCUGCCUGGUCGCGUUCCUGUACCACCUGACCAUGAAGCCGGCCGCACCUGAGAAGCAGGUGGAGCUGCAGUCUCUGCAGGACACCGGCUACCACGUGGACGCCAAGUGGGCUGAUGCCGUGUACGACAAGGAGGAGGUGGAGGACCCCAAGGCCGCGCUGGUGGUGUCCAUGGCUGCCGAGCCCACGCCCAAGACCCUCAAGGUUGAGGACGUGGCCUACUUCCGCGCCGCCUCCAAGUUGGGCCAGCCUGCCGUAGCCGUGGUGGCGGACCGUGAGCGCGAGCUCAUCCUGGUCAUUGUGCGCGGCACUGCCAACAUGAAGGACGUGCUGACGGACCUGGCCGGCGCGGCGCGCGAGUGGGAGGGCGGCUACGCGCACGAGUCCGUGAGCUUGGGCGCCCGCAAGGUGUUUGACGAGAUCAAGGAGUACGUGCUGAACCUCAAGGCCCAGAACCCCAGCUUCGCCGUCCGCUGCGUGGGCCACUCGCUGGGCGGCGGCACCGCCGGCUGCCUGUCGAUCCUGAUGCACCACGACGAGGAGUUUGCGGCGCGCAUCUACGGCGGCGUGCCCAUGCCGGGCAAGAAGAGCAAGGGCAGCUACAUGAUCACAGCUGUGGGCUUUGGCUCGGCCGCCUGCAUCAACAAGGAGCUGGUGGAGGAGGCGCACCCCUACUGCACCACCAUUGUCCACGACGCCGACCUGGUGCCCCGCCUGUGCACCGACAACAUCUCGGACUUCAUCGUGCUGGCCGACAACCUGGUGGACACCUUCAAGCUCGUGGCCGACGACAUGCGCAUGCUGAUGAAGGGCACCAAGCCCGAGGGCUACGACUUCAGGAAGGUGCUGGGCAUGCUUAAGAAGGCCGCGUCCGACCCCGGCGGCCUGCUCAAGGACCUGCUGGACGAGAAGAUGGACAAGGCCGAGGACGCCGUGGACGCCGCGGCCGCGUCCAACGAGAAGCGCCUGUACGCGCCCGGGCGGCUCAUGUUCCUGUCCAAGCCGGAGAAGGGCAAUGGGCCAUACACCAUCAGCAAGGGCUCAAUGGCGUCAGAGACGAGCAAGAUGCUGCUCAAGGGCUCCAUGUUCAAGGACCACUCGUGCGGCGGCUACGUCAAGGUCUGCUGCCUGGGGCGCCUGCCGCCGCCGCCGGCAGCGUAAGCGACACAGAGAGGUCUUGAGCUGGAGCCGGUUUGACCAUGAGAUCUGUGUCGGCCUGGGCACGAGCAGCGGGGUUUGGGAAGUUGAGGGGUUUAUUGGUGGCCGGUAAUCGUACGGCUGCGACUGCCGUACAAAGGGUCACACACUGGGGGAGUUGCGCCAGGCCGUUUCUACGAGCUGCGGUGGCUAGCUGACAUGUGUGCACUCUCCUGAUUCCAUCUCCAUACAUCUAUUCAAAGUCGAACCGGACAUCUGGUGUGCGCGCUGACCACGAUGCUGACUGUGUACGCAAAUGUGUACGUGCCCCGUCCUUUGACUGCGUCAUGGUGUUUACGCGGUUGGGCUUGGCUCCGGGUGCGUCGCCUGGGAUCCCUGCUCCUGUGACUUGAUCAAUGCGACACGUGUGUAGUAUGUGUUUGCUGUUCUGACGAGACAAUAAUACUUGAGCAUGUGACGCCUGCGUGUAGCAGCGGCGCAUUUCGAUACUCGUGAUCUCAUGACCACACUGCCGUCUGUCCUUUACCGCCUUUAUGACAUGAGUGAUGUGUUACGCGUGAGUUUCUGACAUAACCGGGAGGAAACGCAUGUGCUCUGUGCGCAGGCAGGUCAAGGGCAAUUCCUCGACAUGGGAGCAACUGAAGCAGGAGGUCGGUUAGCCGUGGCAGGUUUGCUGGAUUGGAUUUAACACAGUGUAGGGACAUUGCAUGAGGCAUUGCGGAUUGGAACGAACUGCAGACGCCACAUAGGCUACGCUAGGGAAUUGUAACCAUUUUACAUAAGGGACCGCUCUCCUCUGUGUCUUUCAAGCUCUGGUUGACACAGCAACAAAUGCAGGCCUCCCAAUAAGCUGCCGUGUACGCGGUGUCGCAACCACACCAUGCCAACUAGUGCGCGUAUGACUGUGUGAAUGUGACACUACAAGCAACAUUAGGGCUGGAUAUGCUGGUUGUUGGCUUGGCAAGCUUGCAGGUUGGGCCCGCACCACUGCAAAUGCAGAACGCAGGCACCGCUGAAGAGCCUGGUACUCGAAGCCACGCCAGCAGCGGUGGUGCCGCAUGUACUUUGCACGUGCCGACGUGCGGCGUGCGGCGCGGCAAUCCUCGCAACUACCAACUUUAACUGACACACAGGGAUCACAAACGGGCUUUCGCGCAACUGCCAACGAACAGGGGCGGCACGUGGCGUGGCGGUUGGCGCGCAGCGCAAGUGGGAGCUGGUAGGUGUGCAAAGGCGCGUGUGGGAAGCUGCGCAGAGUACGGCUGAGCCCGGCGGAGGCUGGCGGUUGGCGCGGCGCGCGAGUGGGAGUGUCAGAGAGACGCAUGGGGCUGACCCUGUUUCCAUGAGCUGCCUCUGGGCGCACACGGUUUCACACGGCUGACAGUUGAGCCCGAACGCGGGUGGGACUCGCUGGAGUGCAUGGUAGGCGCUGGGGGGCACACGCGGGCGGGACGCAGGGGCGGCUCGCGGGAAAUUCGGCCGUAACUCGUGCGAAACUCUGGGCGAAACUCAUUAGAAACUCAUGCGAAACUCGCCCAAAACUGGAGUGAAACCGAGACGUGGCCAUUCUUGCGGGCCCCGCUCCAACCUUGCUAGCGUACAUUUAGCUGUAAACAUUAUCGUAU